AUGGGCAAUAUCCCUGGCGGUGCUGAGGGUCGUCUUACGCAGAUCAUCAAGGCCGCUGUUGAGCGUGGCAUUGUCGUUGUCAAUAUCAGCCAAUGUGUUAAUGGCUUUGUAUUUCCUAUUUGUAAUGAGAUAGUGAAUGAUUAUUGUCCCUAA